GAGGAAGGAAAAAAUGAAGAAAAACUCUGGUAAAAAUUAAACGAAAAGACUAAUUAUUAAUAAUUCUGCUUCCUUUCUUUCUUUCAUUCUCUGAUUCUCUCUCUCACUUUCUCGCUGGUUGCCCGUUGGAAACCAAACAGUUCUCUUUUCUCUCCACUCUUUUACACAGACCUUCCUUCACAUUCCCACUUCCUUCUUCACUGCGCUCACACUCUCCGCAGGGACAUCAAAUUUAAUAUGAGCUGUUUGGGCAUUCCAUCCCACCACCACCGGUUAUGAAUCCCUCCGCCGCCGUCGACCCACCACUGCUCCAGCCACCGCAACCACCGCAGGCACACCGUCCUUCCACCUCCUGCCCCCGCCACCCGGAGGAAAGCUUCACCGGCUUCUGUCCCUCAUGCCUCUGCGAGCGCCUCGCUGUCCUCGAUCACUCUGCUUCCGCCGCUUCCGCUGCUUCCACUUCCCGCAAACCCCCCCUCGCCACCGCCGCCCUUAGGGCCAUCUUCAAGCCCUCCAACUCCAACUCUUCCGCCGCCGCUGCCCCGAGCUUGAAGCCUUCCUCCUUCUUCCCCGAGCUCCGCCGCACCAAGUCCUUCUCCGCCUCCAAAAACGAAGGCUUCUCCGGCGUCUUCGAGCCCCAGAGGAAAUCUUGUGACGUCAGGGGGCGCAGCACUCUCUGGUCCUUGUUCUCCCAGGACGACGACCGGAACCCAGGCAAAGAAAUCGACCACCCCAGAGCUUCUACCUCCAGCAUCCGUGCCGCUUCUCUUCUCAAGUCCAGCGAAGACGGCGAAAUCGAAUCAGAGAGCGAAGGAGAAGAAGAAACCGCCGCUAAUGUCGCUGAAAUUCGGCCUGACAUCAAUGCCAGAGUCGCCAUUGACGAGGCCAUUUUGACUGCCAGAAACUCCAACGCCAACCCAAUUGAAGAAAUAAUCGAGGAAGAAGAGGAGGAGGAGGAAGAAGAAGAGGAAGCCAUUGUGGCGAUUGAGCCAGAGCCGGCGGCGGUUCAAGAAGAAGAGGAAAUUUUGAAGCCGAUGAAAGACCAUAUAGAUCUCGACUCCCAAACCAAGAAGCCCUCCUCGGGGAGGGAUUUCAAAGAGAUAGCCGGAAGCUUCUGGUCCGCCGCCUCUGUAUUCAGCAAGAAAUUGCAGAAAUGGAGGCAAAAGCAGAAGAUGAAGAAGCGGCGGAACGGCGGUGGCCCAGGCUCGGCCACAUUGCCGGUGGAGAAGCCCAUUGGGAGGCAGUACAGAGAGACCCAGUCGGAAAUCGCCGACUAUGGCUUCGGCCGUAGAUCGUGCGACACGGAUCCGAGAUUCUCGCUCGAUGCCGGCAGAAUAUCGUUCGACGACCCUCGCUACUCCUUCGACGAGCCUCGCGCCUCGUGGGACGGUUACCUCAUCGGAAGAACUUUCCCCAGAAUGCCCACCAUGCUCUCCGUCGUCGAGGACGCUCCGGUGAACGUGGUACCAAGGUCCGACGCUCAAAUCCCCGUCGAAGACCCCUCGCCGCCGGCUGCGGUAACAACAACCGAAGACGAGACGACGGUGGUUCCCGGUGGGUCGAUCCAGACGAGGGAUUAUUACUCCGAUUCCUCCUCCAGGAGAAGGAAGAGCCUGGACCGCUCCAAUUCCAUCAGAAAGACGGCGGCGGCCGUGGUGGCGGAGAUCGACGAGCUGAAAUCCUCUGUUUCUUCCAACUCCAAAGUGUCUCCGGCGACCGUCGAGUCCUGUCCGAAGCUGCCAGCAGCUGCAGUCGUCCCUCCCGACAGGGACUGGAGGGACUCCAACUCCAACUCGCUGCGGGACGAUUGCUCCGUGGAGACGUUCGAUUUGGGUUUCCGAGACAAUGCAUCGGCGGUAGCUUCUUCUGCUAACGGCAAGGCAGGGGUGAACAAGAAGUCAAGGAGAUGGGGGAAAGCUUGGAACAUUUGGGGGUUCAUACACCGGCGAAGUGGGAACAAAGACGAUGACGAAGAUAGUCGUUACAGCAGGGUAAAUGGGGUGGAGAGGUCGUUUUCGGAGUCGUGGCCGGAGCUAAGAGGGGGAAGGAACGGAGAUGCCAGAAUGGGUGCGGGGUUCAACAACCCCAAGCUUUUGAGGAGCAAUAGUAGCCUGAGCUGGAGGCACUCCAACGGGUUCGCCACUGCCGGCGGCGGCGGUGUUGGCGUGGGGUCAUUUGGGAGUGGAAGAAAGAGCAAUGUAGAGACUUGUAGUAAUAAUGGGUUUGGAAUUGGAAGGAAGAAGAGAGAGGAGUUUGUGCUGGAGAGGAAUAGGAGUGCAAGGUAUUCGCCUAGUAGUGUUGACAAUGGUCUGUUGAGGUUCUACUUGACUCCCCUGCGAGGCAGCCGGAGAGCCCCAGCGAGCGGCAAUGGAGGAGGAGGUGGCGGCGGCGGUGGUGGAGGUAUUGGAGGAUGGGGAAAGGCGAAAACGAAUCAAGCACAUUCGAUCGCUAGGAGUGUUCUGCGAUUGUAUUAGAGAGAGGAAAGGUGUUUACUUUCAACUCUUUGACAAGUAAGAAGGAUGGAUGCAUUUGUUGUGUAACUGUAAGCACACAUAAUUGCUGCUUCCUUCUUCUGGGAUUCCUUUGGUUGGGGGGGAUUGGAUUAAGGUAACAGGAAAGGGGGGGAAAAUGGCAAACUUCCCUUAGGAAUUGGUUUACCCCUUUUCCUGUUUUUAUUUUCCAGUUUCGUUUGCAUGGCUGCUGCUGCUGCUGGUUCUGCAAUUAUUCAAAUAACAACAGUUUUUUCAGUUGGGGGUUGUUGCUUCUUCUUUGUCUCUCUCUGAUCAUUUCGUUAGUUAGUUAGUUCUUUGUUGCUGCUGCUGCUGAUGGUGUCUUUUGUCCUCAAGUUAGAGCAUUUCUUUACUACCAAAAAAACAAAGCAAAGCCUCUGGGAGAUCUGCAGAUGUUGUUGUCUUUCGGAUUUCAAUAGCACUCCUCCUCCCCCCUUUUCUUCUGCUUGUCCUGAAUUACAUAUACAAGGAAUCAAUCAACGGGAGGAACAUUUGCAUGUAUAGUAGUAGUGGUGCAAAGAGAAGAGAGAGCAUUAUUCUGUUGGGUGGGGGGGACUGGUUGUUUUGGUUCUUGGCAUUUGUUACAAGACAAGCCAUGUACAUCCAAAAUUGUUUCCAUUCAAAAUGAAGCAAAUUCUAAGCC